UUCUGUUUCGGCUGCUAUGUGUAUGUUGUGAUGUACCCGAAACGAGAGACGCGAUCUGCCAAGAUGGCAAGAGACAACGAAGAAAAGUCCCGUACCGGCGAUAAGUACUCAAUUCUCCUUCCUACGUACAACGAAAGAGAGAAUCUCCCCAUAAUUAUUUGGCUCAUUUGCCAGUAUUUGGAUACAAGUGGCUUCAAUUAUGAGAUAAUUGUGAUUGACGAUGGAAGUCCAGAUGGCACUUUGGAUGUUGCGAAACAACUUCAAAAAAUCUACGGCGAAGAUAAAAUUGUGUUACGACCAAGAGAGAAGAAGCUUGGGCUGGGAACUGCAUAUAUUCAUGGAAUGAAACAUGCUUCUGGCAAUUUUAUUGUGAUCAUGGAUGCUGACCUAUCUCAUCAUCCUAAAUUUAUUCCUGAGUUCAUUAAACUUCAAAAAGAAGGAGACUAUGACCUAGUGUCAGGAACCAGGUAUAUUGGAAAUGGUGGUGUGUAUGGAUGGGACUUUAAAAGGAAACUUGUUAGUCGGGGAGCCAACUUUCUUACCCAACUCCUGCUACGUCCCGGAGCAUCAGAUUUGACUGGCAGUUUCAGGCUUUAUAAAAAAUCUGUUCUGGAAAAUCUUGUAGCUCGUUGUGUUUCUAAGGGAUAUGUUUUCCAAAUGGAAAUGAUUAUCAGAGCUAGACAGCUGAACUACACUAUAGGGGAGGUUCCUAUUACAUUUGUGGAUCGGGUGUAUGGAGAGUCAAAAUUAGGAGGUUCAGAAAUUAUUCAAUUUGCAAAAUCUCUGUUGCAUUUGUUUGCAACCACUUAAAGAUGUUACUUAUUCCAAUA